GCAUUAUUCUAUUUGAUCGGAUUUGAUGAUCGAUUAGAGAAUUAGAGAUGUAGUAUUAUGUAAGCAAAGCUAUUAACAAAGUUGAAAUUAUAUAAUUACAAAAAGGUAAAAACAAACAGAAAAGUUGGUAAAAAUUAAAGCAAAGGUCAUACACUUGAAAGCGAUUUAAAGGGUCUAUUGAAUUGUGACAUCAAAGUGAGACCAAAACCAUAGCUUAUUGGUUACCUUUUCAAAACAAAGAAUCUCUUUACCCACCAACUCCAGAUUUAAGGAUCAUGCAUUCAUGCUAAUUGGUAAAUAAUUCCUUCUGUAACAUUAAAAUGAUUAUCUUUAGGAGAAAAAGUUUAACGUCACAUAACUAUAGAUUUAUCACUAUCAAAUUUUGGAUUAAGAGACAAAAGGUCAUUAGCACAUUAACCUAUAUUUUGCUUUUUUUUUCCUAGAACAAUUACAUCUCUGUCUCUUCUAUUGGACCCAACCAUCAUGACACUAGAAAUGACCAUUGAGAGACAAGAAGCUCACAGUCUUUCUCUUUCUCUAUCUCUCUCAAAUCUAUAAGACAUUUGACACCCCAAAACCAAUAGACAAAGCUUUCUAUGCUGUUCUGUUCUGUUCUCCAAUGUUGUCAUCAGCAAAGCAUAAUAAGAUCAACAACCAUAGUGCCUUCAUCAUCAUCAUCAUCAACAUCAUCCUCCCUAGGCCAUAACAAUUCUCAAGUCACUAUGGAAGAAGUAUGGAAAGAAAUCAACAAUGGUUCACUUCACUACCAUCGCCAACUAAACAUUGGUCAUGAACCAAUGUUAAAGAACCAAAACCCUAAUAACUCCACCUUUCAAGAUUUCCUCAACAUGCCUCUGAAUCAACAACCACCUUCUACUUCCUCCAUUGUCACUGCUCUCUAUGGCUCUCUGCCUCUUCCUCCUCCUGCCACUGUCCUCAGCUUGAACUCCGGCGUUGGAUUCGAGUUUCUUGAUACCACAGAAACUCUUGCUGCUUCUAACCCUCACUCCUUUGAGGAAUCUGCAAGAGUUGGUUGUCUUGGUAAGAAAAGAAGCCAAGAUCCUGAUGAAAGUAGAGGAGACAGAAGGUAUAAGCGAAUGAUCAAGAACAGAGAAUCUGCUGCUCGUUCAAGGGCUAGGAAACAGGAAUGUGUCUCUCUUUACUCUUCUAAUUUCCAAUUCCUGUGAAUCAAAAGAAACAGAAUCUAGAAUUCCUCUGUAUUAAUAUGGUAUAUGAAUCUUUCAGGCAUACACAAACGAACUUGAGCUUGAAAUUGCUCACUUGCAGACAGAGAAUGCAAGACUCAAGAUACAACAAGACCAGUUGAAAAUGGCGGAAGCAACUCAAAACCAAGUAAAGAAAACACUGCAACGGUCUUCGACAGCUCCAUUUUGAGAAAAAUCUACAAGUCCUUUCUUUUUGGGGGAGUUUUAAGUGUUUCUUAUGAAGAUGAGAAAAACAGAAAAAGUUUGUACAUUUUAGCUAAGAAGUUAGAGCAUCUCCAAUGGCAUAUCUUAGAGUAUAUCUUAACUAAAUAUCUUAGGAUUAAACACAAAAAAAUAAUUCAAAACAGAUUAAUAAGCUAAGAUAUAAAUCUUAGCUUAGAUUUUUUCUUAAGGUUAAGAUGUUGUUACGUGUCAGCAUCUGAGUGGAGGAAAGAAAAAACAAAACCAAAAAAAAAAUUAUUGAGUUGUGUUUUUUUUUUUUUUUGCGUUUUUCAUCUCUGUCGAGAGAGAGACUUUUGUCGACAAAAAUGAGGGUGUGCGAUCUCUUUGAUUCCGGUGGUUCCGUCGAACUAGGAUUACGGUAAUGCAAAAUCCGUCUAUGAUCCGUUGUUAUCAUCAGGGUUCUUAAAGUUGGGAUUACGGUAAUGCAAAAUUAGGGUUCUUAGAAUUGGGAUUAGGGUAAUGUAAAAUUAGAAUUCUAUGAUCCGUUUGAUGUGUAGAACAGUAAGAAUUGAUGUGGUCAGAUUGAGAAUUGGUAAUUGAUCUGUUUGAGAAACUGGUAAUUGAUCUCUCAGACUUCUUCUUCUUCAUCUCAAGGAUACUCAAUAUCUGCUUCAACACCAUCAAUGUCCAAUGUUGGGCAAGUUUCUUCUUUCAACCAACACCUCUCUGUGUGUGUAUAGAUUCAUGAAACAUUGUCAUAGAUGUUCAUGUUUUGCAAGUAAUACAAAAAUUUGAAUUUUUUUUUCUUAA